AUGGGAAAGAGAGACAUACAAACUUUAGACACAGAUACAAAUAAUCAAAACAAUAAUACUAAUAAUUUGGAUAACAAUAAUAAAAAAUUAAAAUCAGAUGAAACUUUAGACUAUUCAGUAUUUGUAUCACCUAUUGGAAAACUACUAGUUUAUGCAAAUACUUUUUCGAUUGUUAAAAUUGUAUUGGAUGGUUCUGCAGUUGAUUCAUUAAAAUCAAAUAAAAGCUAUACAGAAAAUAAUAAAAACAAAAUAAUUUUACAAUUUAAAAAUGAGAUUGAUGAAUUUUUUAAAGGAACUAUUAAAGAAUUUAAGACUCCAUACAGUUUAGAAUAUGGCACCGAUUUUCAAAAAGAGGUUUGGGCGGAAUUAUUAAAAAUACCCUAUGGCGAAACUAGAUCAUAUGCCGAAAUUGCUGUAAAUAUUGGCAAGGGAAAAAAAUAUGCAAGAGCAGUUGCAUCGGCAUGUCGUUUUAAUAAUCAUUUACUGAUUAUUCCUUGUCAUAGAGUAAUUUCCUCCCAAGGGUGUGUUGUUGGCUACAGUGGAAAGAAAGGAAUUGAUAAACAAUUUAUAAUCUCAAAUGUCGAGAAAAAAUUCAAAAAUAAAUAA